AUGACCGAAGUACGUCUCUCGUGCCAGCCUUGUGAGGUUCCUGAGUCUCAGCCUCCCCCCUUUUUCUUUUUUGGCCGCAUCCCGCGAUUCGUGUCGCUUGCGGACGUUGGGGUCCACGAGGUAAAAGACAACGGCGAGAGUCUAGACUUUUUCGACUCUUCAGCGCCGUUCCAUUUCCGGUGUCCUGUGUCCCGCUGCUUCAACCAUGCCAACGCUCAACAGAAACACCAGGUUGUCUUGUGUUUCCCAAGACAAUCUGUCAUUUCUAUGGCGGGUUUGAUUCCACCAUCUGACAAAAGGGAUGAGAAAGCAUGUCAAAAUACACUGCCUUCGCAAGAACGCAACCGAAGCUUGUGGCACUGUGCUGUUUGA